UUUUCGCCAUCGCAUCGUCAGUGGGCGCGCCCUCGCCGCUGAUUUUUCGAUGCUGUUGGCAUAGCCUCCAAUGGGAUGGAGAAGUACUCCUUCGUCCAACGGCUGGGUCAAGGCUCUUUUGCGGUGGUCUGGAAAGCGCGCCGGAAAUCCGAUGGACGUUUGGUGGCGGCCAAGCAACUGAAGACGUCCCCGGAGUCAUGGGAAGCUUGCAAGCAGCUACCAGAGGUGCGUGCCGCGGCACAAGUGGCCGACCGGCGUCAUUUGGUGCAGCUGCUGGAAGCGGUGCGUCAUGGUGGAGAACUCUUUUUGAUCUUCGAGUACAUUGAGGGAAGCUUGCAUCAUUGCAUUGCCACCGCCACACGCCGGCUCGAGGAGAGUCAGGUGAGAUGGGCUGCGCGGCGCCUGAUGAUGGCCUUGGCUGCGGUGCAUGCAGCCAACCUGGUGCAUUGCGACGUGAAGCCGGAGAAUAUCUUGGUGGGUGGCAUGGAGGGCUCGCGUGGGCCCACCAUGAAGCUCUGUGAUUUUGGUCAAUCUGGCCCUCCUGGAGAAAUCGCCAGCUACAUCGGGACCCGCUGGUACCGUGCCCCCGAACUCUUUCUGGGUAGCCGUGGAGAUCAAAGUGUGGAUCUUUGGUCGGCGGGUUGCACUUUGGCUGAGCUGAUCCUCCGCAGACCGCUGGUGCCCGGCUCUGACACACGGGAUAUGCUCUUCCGCAUCAGUGGUGAGCUGGGCGUCCCUGAAGAGUCCUGGCCUCUGGCGAGUCAGGUGGUGGAGGUCAGUGGCCGCGCCCAUGCGGAAGCCGGCGCCUGGGACGCGCUGCGCGAGCAGGGUGCCUCUGAGGCCUCGAUCGAGCUUCUGGGUGGCCUGUUGCGGUAUGACAGCACCAAGCGCCUGCGUU